AUGGAAAAAAGAGACGGCGAAGCAAAAACAAUGGAAGAGGCUAUCGUUCCGCUGUUGAAAGAGCAUAAUGCGGUGGAGGAAGGUGGAGGCAUGAAGAGACAAAUAUGGAUAGAGACUAAGCAGCUAUGGUAUAUUGUUGGACCGUCCAUAUUUACCGGACUAGCCACUUACUCGAUCCUCAUCAUAACUCAAGCAUUCGCUGGCCAUCUCGGCGAUCUAGAACUCGCAGCCAUUUCUAUUAUCAACAACUUCACACUCGGCUUCAACUACGGUUUACUCCUUGGAAUGGCGAGUGCAUUGGAAACAUUAUGCGGUCAAGCAUUUGGAGCGAAGAAGUAUAACAUGUUGGGAGUUUAUAUACAAAGAUCUUGGAUUGUUCUCUUCUUAUGCUGCAUCUUGCUCCUCCCUACAUACUUACUUGCGACUCCGAUUCUUAAGUUAUUUGGCCAACCUGACGACAUCGCUGAGCUCUCCGGUACCAUCGCGCUUUGGGUCAUUCCUAACCACUUUGCCUUCGCCUUCUUUUUCCCUAUCAACCGAUUCCUCCAAUGUCAGCUCAAGAAUAUGGUGGUUGCAAUUUCGUCUGGAGUGGCACUUGCAGUUCACGUAUGUGUGUGCUGGCUUUUUGUGUACGGUCUCAAACUUGGAGUCAUAGGGACCAUGGCUACUAUUAACGUAUCAUGGUGGCUCAAUGCUCUCAUCUUAUUAACGUAUGUCACUUGCGGCGGUUGUCCGCUCACUUGGACCGGUUUCUCAAUCGAAGCUUUCACUGGACUAUGGGAAUACGCUAAGCUUUCUGCCUCCUCAGGAAUCAUGCUUUGCUUGGAAAAUUGGUAUUAUAGGAUUUUAAUUGUGAUGACUGGAAAUUUGGAGAAUGCAAAAAUUGCUGUCGAUUCUUUGUCUAUAUGCAUGUCGAUAAAUGGUUUAGAGAUGAUGAUUCCAAUUGCUUUCUUUGCCGGGACCAGUGUCCGAGUGGCGAAUGAAUUAGGAGCAGGCAACGGAAAAGGAGCAAGAUUUGCAAUGAUCGUAUCAGUAACACAAUCCUUAGCCAUUGGAAUAAUCUUCUCGGUUCUCAUUGUANUUUUUCAUGAUCAAAUCGGUUGGAUUUUCUCUUCAAGUGAAACCGUCAUAGAAGCAGUCAAUCAUCUCUCUAUUCUUUUAGCCUUUACCAUUCUUCUCAACAGUAUCCAGCCGGUUCUAUCUGGUGUUGCGGUUGGUUCGGGUUGGCAAUCAUUCGUGGCAUACAUAAACUUAGGAUGCUAUUAUUUCAUUGGACUUCCACUUGGAUUUGUCAUGGGAUGGGUUUUCAAGUCUGGUAUUAAGGGCAUGUGGGCUGGUAUGAUAUUUGGCGGAACCGCUAUACAAACAUUGAUGUUGGUUCUUAUUACUAUGAGAUGUGAUUGGGAAAAAGAGGCACAAAAAGCAAGCAUGCGCGUAAAUAAGUGGUCCGGCUUGGAAGUAAGAAAUUGA